UUCAUUCUCAUUCAUUCAUAUGGAUUUUUUUAAACAUAGUAUUUAGAAAACAAAGAGGUUUGAGCUUGACGGAAGUAUUCAUGGACCUAACAUCUUCUAUGAUGUCUGUUAUUCUGGUGGGAGCUGCUACAAUUUUCCUAGCGGCAACAAUUCUACUAAAAAGCCUUGGAAGUUACAAGAUCCGUCUCCCCUCAGGCCCCAGAGCUAUUCCUGUAAUUGGCCACUUUCAUCUUCUCUUUGAUAAAACCAGGCCAAUUCACCAGAUUCUAAGUUCACUCUCAACACGCUAUGGACCUGUUAUGCAUCUAAAAUUUGGGAGCUGCCCAGUUUUGGUGAUAAGCUCUGCAGAUUUAGCCAAAGAAUGUUUUACAGUAAAUGAUAAGGCUUUUGCAUCUAAACCCCGGCUUACACAAGGUAAGCAUUUGGGCUACAAUUAUUCUAUGAUUGCUUGGGCUCCUUAUGGCCCCUACUGGAGAAUGGCUAGAAAAGUUUGUGUACAUGAGCUUCUAUCUUCCAAAAGAAUCCAGUCGUUCGCACCCAAGAGAAUGCAACAACUUCGUAAAGCAGUAAAUUCUUUUGUUUCAGCAGACACAGCUUCAGAGUAUUGUUAACAUGAGAAGUGUUAUUUCCAAAUUGAACUUUAAAACCCUGAUGUCUAUGAUUAUAAAUGAGAGGUAUUUUGCAGAGGAAUCAGGGAUUUCGGAAGAUUUGAUGACCCAUGUGAUUGAAGAAUCCUUUAUGCUUCAUGGAUCAAUCAAUGUUGGGGAUUAUAUUCCCUGGUUGAAGUGGUUUGAUUUGCAAGGGUAUGAGAAGGCAAUGAAGAGGGUACAGGAGAAGUUAGACUUGUACAUGCAGAGAAUUUUGGAGAAGCACAGGGAGAGAGGAUUAAAAGAAGGGGGAGAGAUGGAAGACUUUGUUGAUGUGCUGAUCGCACAGGCAGAGGAGAAUGCCCAAGCAAUUCCUGAUAAAGAUGAAUUCAUUAAGGCAACUACUAUUAUUAUGUUUAGCGCAGGAUCUGAUACAACUUCAGUUGCCCUAGAGUGGGCAUUGGCAUUGUUACUACAACAUCCCCAUGUAAUGAGGAAGGCACAAGAGGAACUUGAUUCUAAAGUUGGACGGCAGAGACUAGUGGAGGAGUCAGAUUUACCCCAGUUAAAAUACCUGCAAGCAAUAGUGAGAGAGAAUAUGCGCCUUCAUCCACCAGCGCCUUUGCUUUCGGUUCACAAAUCUAUCGACGCUUGCACAGUUGGAGGCUAUCAUAUUCCUGCAGAAACAUUGCUAUUUGUAAAUGUAUGGGCAAUUCAUAGGGACCCAAGAUUGUGGAAUAAACCAUUAGAGUUUAUACCAGAGCGUUUUAUGCAGAAGGAGAUGCAGUUAGACAACAUACAAAUGAGUGGGGAUGAGUGAGAGAUAAUUCCAUUUGGGGAAGGGAGAAGAGGAUGUCCUGGUGCUUCAUUGGCAAUGAGUAUGGUGCAAACAACUCUUGCAACUUUCUUGCAAAGCUUUGAUUGGUUUGUUCCAGAUGGAAAAGUUGUUGACAUGAAUGAAGGGGUCGGCUUGACAAUGCCAAGGGCAGUACCUUUGGAGGUUACCAUCAAGCCUCGUCUGUCCCAUCAUCUAUACUAGAAAAAGAUGAUCUAGUGGUAAACUGUUCAAUUUCUUCUUUGUUCUUAUUUAUCUUUUGAUUGCAGAAGAAGCAUCAGUACAAAUUAUUGAAUUGCUUUAGCUUGAUGUCAUAGAUUAUUGAAUUCCACCUUCUAGACUAAGAAGAUUUCCCAAAUAGAACAUAUUGUCUAUUUGUUUGUGGAGAACAUAUUCAUAUAAAUAUGUUUAUCUUUUAUUAA